AUGACUAAUUCUGCUACUUCUAACUUCAUAAAAGAAUCAUUUAUAAUUGUAACUGGCGGUGAUGAUAAUGCUAUAACUGCUUUAGUUUUGGCAUUCACAUAUCAUGAAGUCAAAGAAAUGGAUUGUGGUAUAAAACGUGGAAAAUGGACUGUGGAACAAUGCAUAAAUGAUGUUUUGAAAAUGGAUAUUGCACACGGAUCGUCUAUUCAAGGUCGAUUAAAUUUAUGGAACAUUACCUUUAGUAAUUUAUUCAAUAACAAAAUAAAUAAGAAUGAUGAAAGUAAAUUUGAGUUGAUUAAAUCAGAAUUUAUUAAUGUUUGCGAUCCAUGUUGUAUGGAUGUUUUAAAAAUUAAUAGUAGAAAUGAUAAAACCAAAUUAAUGGUGGCUAUUA